GUGCUUCACGGGUUUGUGUCCUAGACAGGCGAGUGGAUCCAAGUGGGCGAGAGACAUUUUAGUCGGGAAGAGUCUUGUGAUGGGGCAGACAGUGAAGAAGAAGUAAAACAUUCACAAGAUGAAGAUUUUUCCAGAAGGGACUUUGAAUCAAAGGUGGCUUUUUAUAUUUGACAAGUCUUGUCAUCUGUAAUGAAGAUCAUUGUGAAACAGAAGAUUGAUUAAAGCCUUGUAACAUUGGACCUAGAUUGGAGAUUUAGAAAAGAAAGUCAAAAUUAGUCACUUUGGUAUUAGUGUUCCCAUUUCAUAAUAUUUAUUCUUUCUUCUAAAUAGAUUUAGGGAGUAGAAAUUAAAAUUCAAUGCUAUACCAAAGGAUAUACUAAUAUUUGUUCGGCUUUUUUUCUCUUUUUGUGAGGGAGAAAAAAGUAGAUAACGAAAAGCUAUAGUCAUUCAUAAUGAAAUAUACUAAACAGAAUUUUAUGAUGUCAGUUCUUGGCAUUAUAAUCUACAUAGCUGAUUUAAUUGUGGACAUAUGGGUAUCUGUCAGAUUUUUCCAUGAAGGACAGUAUGUUUUUAGUGUUUUAGCAUUAAGCUUUAUGCUUUUUGGAACACUUGUGGUUCAGUGUUUCAGUUAUUCUUGGUUCAAGGCUGAUUUAAAGAAAGCAGGCCAAGAAAGUCAGCAUUGUUUUCUUCUACUUCAUUGCUUGCAAGGAGGAAUUUUUACAAGGUAUUGGUUUGCCUUGAAAAGGGGUUACCAUGCAGCUUUUACGUAUGACAGCAAUACUAGUAACUUCAUGGAAGAACAAAUCGAUCUACAUAAAGAAGUUAUAGAUAGAGUGACUGAUUUGAGCAUGCUCAGACUAUUUGAGACCUACCUGGAAGGCUGCCCACAACUUAUUCUUCAACUCUAUGUUCUUCUGGGGCAUGGACAAGCGAAUUUCAGUCAGUAUGCGGCUAUCAUGGUCUCUUGCUGUGCUAUUUCUUGGUCAACUGUUGAUUAUCAAGUAGCUUUAAGAAAAUCCUUACCUGACAAAAAGCUUCUUAAUGGAUUAUGUCCCAAAAUCACAUAUCUCUUUUACAAGUUUUUUACGUUAUUAUCAUGGAUGCUGAGUGUUGUACUUCUACUAUUCGUAAAUGUUAAGAUUGCUUUAUUUAUGUUGUUAUUUCUUUGGUUGUUAGGUAUAAUAUGGGCAUUUAAAAAGAACACCCAGUUUUGUACUUCUGUAAGUAUGGAAUUCUUAUAUAGGAUUGUUGUUGGAUUCAUUCUUAUCUUUACAUUUUUUAAUAUUAAGGGACAGAAUACCAAGUGUCCAAUGUCUUGUUAUUAUAUUGUUAGGGUACUGGGCACUUUGGGGAUAUUGAUUGUAUUCUGGGUUUGCCCUCUCACUAUUUUUAAUUCAGACUAUUUUAUGCCUAUCAGUAUCACUAUAGUUCUUACUCUUCUUCUUGGAAUUCUUUUUCUUAUUGUUUAUUAUGGGACUUUUCACCCCAACAGAAGUGAAGAAACAAAAUGUGAUGAAAUUGAUGGAAAACCAGUUAUAAGAGAAUGUAGAAUGAGAUAUUUCCUAAUGGAAUAAGCUAUUCAUUUAUGAUAUAUAUUUUCUUAUAUUUUAUUUCAUUGGUUAGUAAAGAAAAUGUGUGUUAUGUGAGUGUAUUGUCUCUUAUUUUUGCCACCUUUAAUUUGAAAUUAAUUAUGUGAAAUAGGAGGUACAUAAUAGUAUUUUAUUUUUAAAAUUAAUUUCUCAUUUGGUUUUGAAGAUCUUGGGUACUCAGAUAUGUUUCUACUGCCUGGUAGAGCUGCCAUCUUGAGCCUGAA